AUGACCAAAGGAUGGACACGGCGCACCUCAAACAUGCACUCAAACAGGUCGGGGCUGUUCCAGGACGCUUAUCCGGGAUUUGGGGGAGAGAUGAGACAACAGAUGUUUGUGAAUGUGGGCGAUUGCGUGACAGUGGUAGGGAACGAAGGCGAGUCUACGGGACAGCUUUUGCCUCUCUAUGCUCCGGGUGAACAGCCACCAGUAUAUGAGGUAUAUGAAGGUCAGAACUGA